UACCCACUGAGUCUGCUUAACGAGAGGUAGUGCAUAUCGCGUUCUGCACCUCGGAUUCUUCCUUCUAUGGCCCUAAGACAAGGUGUGGGACAGGUGUCAUUCGAGCAAUUGUCUCAUGUCAGAAGGAAGGCUGGAACAAGCCCGUGGUAGACACUUACAAGAAGACUGACGGCUUUUCGUUUGCGGUUACCCUAAGCCGCGUCAAUAAAAAGAGCGAGUAUGAGUCCAUUCGUCUGGAGCCGCAUCCGCCGUAUGUUCUCCCUACCGCUAUCGAGGCACGUCAUUGGGGUGCGACUUACGCUUUGUAUCGAUUCUGUAAUGGUAUUCAGCUCAAUCGAGUGCUCCCGCCUGGCCCUCGCGAUUACUGGAACCAGCUUGCAGCAGAACACAAGCAGGCUCCAGAGCACCAGAAAUGGAUGUACGAAGCUGACCCCUUCGCCGCCCGCAAAGUGGUGACCGAACGUCAGGAACAGGCGGCGAGGAAGAAAGAGGAGGCCACUAACAACAAUAACAAGCCAAGCACGUCAAAUGAGUAUUCGUCCGCGCCCGAGGCCAAAAUGGCCAGCGGCCUUAGAGAUCUCGUCGAAGAAUCAAUUAAGAAGGCGUUCGAACUCUAUCCUGAGGCAGCUGAUUCUUCUCCGAGGGUUUUAGAAGAUGAACAGAAGUCUGCCCUGUUGAAACAGCUGCAGACAUUCGGGUUCUCUGAGAAGCAAGCUGAUACCUCUCUCAAGGCUUUGUCAACGCCAUCCGCUCUAACAACGACGCUACUAUCAUCUUUUGAACCCCUCCAGGCAUGCUUAGAAUUUAUGAUUCUGCACCUACCGGAAUGCGACCUCCCUCAACGCUUUUUGCGCAGCUCAAAUUCGUCAAACCCAUUUAUUUCAUCCGUGCACUCUGGCACCGAAGAUCUCAAGACUCGCUGGGCAGUCGAUAAAGCAGUCAAAGAGUGCGGCUGGCCCGCGCAUAUUGUCAAAGAGCUCGUGAAGGACCAUCGCUUGGUCGAGAAUUGGGGGUUUUUUCAGCGAGCUCUCAAUCGCGCUCUACUUGGGAGAACUGAAGAUGACGUCAACGCUGAUAUAGAGACUGCCGAAACCGAGGUCGUUGACGAAGACGAGCUGAGUGCGUACGAAGCGGAAUUUGUGGACAAGACACAUCUGGUCGUCCCGCUCCCCAUCGCGCCGCUCGAAUUGCAUGUCGUCUUUCUCACCGAAGACCGCGCGCUUCCUUUGCGUGGCGAACCACCAUCGAUCUAUCUUACUUCUAAGGCCAUUCCCGCUUACGUGAGGCUGCACAUCCUCUCCCAAGUUUUGUCUGCCUUCUUGAAUGGCACCCUCAUCGAUCCCGGAGAAAGCGUCAUCAUGGCUGCAGUACGGUUCAUAGAAGAACAGUGGGCCGACAUAGAAGACAACGGCCCUCCCGAAAUGUCCCAAGUCCUACGCUAUUUCAUGCACCGCAAGACCGAGGCUGAAGAUGCAGAUAUUUCUGAGGUUUCUGCCGCGCCUCAGGACAAGCGAAGAGGCCGGCAGCAAAAAGGCGGUACCAGAGGAGACGAUCGUAACGACGCGACUGUAAGAUUGGAAUUUGAGAAGCUGCGUCAAAAGAAAGCCUAUACCGAUAUUCUGGUAGCGCGAAAGCGCCUGCCUGCGUUCGCAGCACAAGAGAAUUUCCUAAACGUGCUGGGUAAGAACCGCUGUAUGGUUGUAGUCGGAGAAACUGGCUGCGGCAAAACCACGCAGCUGCCCCAGUUCGUUCUGGAUUCGCUCAUUUUAGCUGGCCAUGGCUCCGAGGUGUCCAUCAUAGUUACGCAGCCCCGCAGGCUCUCCGCAUUAGGCGUCGCUGCUAGAGUCUCUGCCGAACGACUCGAGGACGGCUCGGUCGGCUACGCCAUUCGCGGCGAAAGCAAGCAGAGCAGCAGGACAAAGCUCUUAUUCUGCACUACGGGGGUUGCCCUACGCCGACUUGGUUCGGGCGACAAGCUGCAGAACGUUACCCACAUCAUUGUUGACGAGGUCCACGAGCGUUCUGUCGACGGCGACUUGCUGUUGCUCGAACUCAAGAUGUUGUUGCAGAAUAAUAAGAAGCUCAAGGUCAUCCUCAUGUCUGCGACCAUCAAUCAUGAAGUCUUCAUCAAGUACUUCAACGAUGCGCCGCUGCUUACUAUCUCCGGUUUUACUCAUCCCGUCAAGGACCGAUACCUCGAGGACUAUCUGCCAUCACUACCUUAUCGGCCCUCAGGCAAAGGGGUGAAGCGUCCUUCUGAAAAAGAGAGGGAAGCGCUCGUCAGUCAGGCCGAUAACACUGACGAGUCUUUAUUGCUGGCUCUGCACGUCAUUUCUAAGGCUGACAGAGUAGACGUCGAGCUCAUUGCUGCUCUCGUCAAGCACAUCACGGAGUCUAACACAAAUCCUGGAGGAAUUCUGAUUUUUCUGCCAGGUGUGCAAGAAAUACAAGCGUGUCUGAACGCCUUGAAAAGUGUUCCAAAUGCCAAGGCGCUCCCGUUGCAUGCGAACUUGUCGAGCGACGAGCAGCGUGCUGUCUUCGCUCCGACGCCAGGUUGGAAGAUUAUAGCCGCGACCAAUGUGGCCGAGACUUCAAUUACGAUCGACGACGUUAUCUAUGUUAUUGACUCAGGAAAGGUUAAGGAAGCUCAAUACGACCCAGAAAAUGGGCUCACAAAGCUUGAGGAGCAAUGGGUCACUCGCGCUGCUGCGCGACAACGCCGUGGACGAGCUGGCCGUACAAAGCCUGGCAUCUGCUAUAAGCUGUACACCAGAAAGCAGGAAAGCAACAUGCAGCCCUUCCCCAUCCCCGAAAUUAAAAGAGUAGCAUUGGAGAGUGUAGCAUUAUCGGUGAAAGUUACGCAUGGCGACGUCAAGGAUUUCGUCUCCCAAGCGAUAGAUCCCCCGGCCAUGUCCGCCUUAGAUCAUGCGCUGGCUGUGCUGGACGAACUUGGGGCUAUUUCACCUGAAGGCAAUUUAACACCAAUGGGACAAUACCUAGCGAUGCUUCCAGUAGAUCUCAGGCUGGGCAAGAUGCUCGUUCUUGGAGCUAUUUUUCAGUGUUUGGGUCCAAUCUUGACGGCAGCCGCCAUCAUGUCGUCCAAGUCCUUGUUCGUGAGCCCUAUGGACAAGCGGGAGGAAGCUUCGCAGGCUCGUGCAAAAUUCGCUACCGGGAAUAGCGAUAUAUUGACAGACUUGAACGCCUAUGACGAAUGUGCACGUCUACGAGAGAAAGGCACAUCUCGCGUGAGAGCCUUUUGUGAAGAGAAUUUUAUCUCCACUUCAACGAUCCGCGACAUCACUUCUCUGCGACAGGAAUUCCUCUCCACUCUCAUCUCUCUCAACCUCAUUCCGCGGGGCAGCACUCCCUCCUCGCCUUCACUUAACACGCAUAGCUCCCGCACCGGGCUCGUCAAAGCGGUCAUUCUCGCAGGCCUCUGGCCCCGCGUCGCACGCGUCGUCCUGCCCAAAGACGCAAUCAAGUUCGACCGCGUGCAGGCGGGCACUGUCCAGCGCGCGAACGAGGCGCGCGAGUACAAGUUCUUCGACAUACGUGUGGGCGACCAGGGCGGACGGGUGUUCCUGCAUCCAUCGUCCGUGCUCUUCCGCUCUGCAGAAUGGAAGAGCCCAUUCGUGGCGUUCUUCCAGAAGCAGCAGACCACGAAGCUGUGGCUGCGCGAUGCCACUGAAGUACCCAUAUACGCGAUACUCUUGUUCGGUGGCCCCGUCGCGGUGAAGCAUGUCGCCGGAGGGCUGACCAUCGGCAAUAAGGACGCCUUCGUCAAGUUGAGGGCUUGGCCCCGCAUCGGAGUGCUCGUGAACCAGCUGAGGCGGCUCCUGGACGCGCAGCUGAAGCAGAGUGUCGAAAGUGGCGACAUCAUGAGCGUCAGCAGCGACAAUCCCGUCGUGAAAGCUGUCCUCGCGCUACUCGAGGGAGAUGGUCUCGGCAGCGACUUACAGUAGCGACUCCUGUGGCUGGUAACAAGUUACACUACGGGCAUGAGCUGGUUUCAGAUCACCUG